GGCUCUUAUAUCAUCCAGGUAAAGACAUGGACGAAUGACAUGAAUGCCUAGGCACGCUUCAACGCGGCUUAUGUUUCAAUGCUGGAUGGAGCAUUGUGUGUCGCCCCCUGAGCGGGGUUCAUAGUCCCGCUACCAUCGUCAUGCGGGGAAAGUACGCAGCCAACGAGAUGUGAUGCUCGGAAUGGCGGAAUCCAGUGGACAUCGUGAGAACAUCUUCAGUCAAGUCACCAGCGGUGAGGUGGUGGAGAGAGAGCGAGAGCCGUGGACCUUUGGUAUGGAUACCCCGUGAGUUGUCUGCCUCGAAAUGAUGGAGAUUAUGAGGCGCUUGGGGAGAUUCUGGGGAAGAGGCAGAGCCACCCGCGUCACCCCCCGACCCCGCGACCCCCGCUUCCGCUGCAUGCACUUCCAGUUCCGUGGCCGUGACCCACUCGGCCGUCCACUGCCAGUGCCAUCCGGGGGGGGAAGGAUGAACUGGUAGCUGGUACCCCUCGCCACUACUUUGUCCCCUACUGUUUUCCGGCGCAACAUGUAUUUAAGGUCCUGCGGGGACGCCCUCUCGUCCUCGCUGCUUCCCCAUUCCCCUCACAGCUUCCCACCUUGACACCUGAAACAGCGAGCUGGUUUCGUUCUUCCUGUCCCAAUCUGUCCAUAUCCCAAGCUGUUACACGAAGCUGCCAACAUCAUGGCCAACGUCUUCACCGAGCUCAAGACCCCUACCACGGGCACCUACAAGCAGCCCACCGGACUCUUCAUCAACAACGAGUUCGUCGAGGGUGUCGAGAAGAAGACCUUUGAGGUCAUCAACCCCGCCACCGAGGAGGUCAUCUGCUCCGUCCACGAAGCCACCGAGGCCGACGUCGACAUUGCCGUCAAGGCUGCUCGCGAUGCCUUCGAGGGCCCGUGGCGCCAGGUUACCCCUCAGCAGCGUGGAAACUUGCUGCUUAAGCUUGCCGACCUGAUCGAGAAGAACCUUGAGCUCCUUGCUUCCGUCGAGUCCCUUGACAAUGGCAAGUCCAUCACCAUGGCUCGUGGAGAUGUUGGCGCCGUUGUUGGUUGCAUUCGGUACUAUGGCGGCUGGGCCGACAAGAUUGAGGGCAAGACUAUUGAUAUUGCGCCAGACAUGUUCCACUACACCAGACUCGAGCCGAUUGGCGUCUGCGGCCAGAUCAUCCCAUGGAACUUCCCACUUCUGAUGCUCGGCUGGAAGAUUGGACCUGCUCUGGCUACCGGUAACACUGUUGUUCUCAAGACCGCUGAGCAAACGCCUUUGUCCGGUCUCGUCUUUGCUCAGUUCGUCAAGGAGGCUGGUUUCCCUCCCGGUGUUCUCAACAUCAUCUCUGGCUUCGGCAAGACUGCCGGCGCUGCCAUCUCUUCCCAUAUGGACAUCGACAAGGUCGCCUUUACUGGCUCCACUGUUGUUGGCCGCACCAUCAUGAAGGCCGCUGCCUCUUCUAACCUCAAGAAGGUCACCCUCGAACUGGGCGGCAAGUCCCCCAAUAUCGUCUUCAACGAUGCCGAUAUCGAGCAGACCAUCAGCUGGGUCAACUUUGGUAUCUACUUCAACCACGGCCAGUGCUGCUGCGCCGGAUCUCGUAUCUACGUGCAGUCCGGCAUCUACGACAAGUUCGUCGCCGCUUUCAAGAAGCGCGCUGAGGCGAACAAGGUCGGCGACCCAUUCCACCCUGAGACCUUCCAAGGCCCCCAGGUGUCUCAGCUCCAAUACGAUCGUAUCAUGGAGUACAUUGAGUCCGGCAAGAGCGAAGGCGCUACAGUCGAGACUGGUGGUGCCCGUCACGGUGACAAGGGCUACUUCAUCCAGCCCACCAUCUUCACCAACGUCAGCCCCAAGAUGAAGAUCAUGCAGGAAGAGAUCUUCGGCCCCGUCUGCGCUAUCGCCAAGUUCGACACCGAGGAGGAGGUCCUCCAGAUGGCCCACGACACCAUUUAUGGUCUUGCCUCUGCUGUCCACACCAAGGAUCUCAACACCGCGAUCCGGGUCGCCAACUCCCUCCGUGCCGGUACCGUCUGGGUCAACUGCUACAACCUGCUUUCGCACCAGCUGCCAUUCGGUGGUUAUGCUCAGAGUGGUAUCGGGCGCGAGUUGGGUGAGGAGGCUUUGGCCAACUACACGCAACACAAGUCUGUCGCCAUCAGAUUGGGUGGUGCGUUGUUUGGUUAAGCGUCUUGCUGUCGGGAUAGGGUAAAAGUGUGUCUGGUUCAGGGGUAAUGAAUUGGGAGCUUGAUGUAUUCUUACAAUGUAACGUACUCUGGGUUGCGGGUUAGGCCUAAUCUUUGGGUGUAUCAGGGUUACGAAGUAAUGACAAAACGCGAUGAUAUUCGAACAUUUUAUGAUACGUCCUCUUGAACCACACGUUGUCAUGUAUGGCCAAAUUAUGGUCUUCAAAAGAAGUGAUGAUACAUGUACCUUUUGAAGGCCUUUGGCAAUCCACGAUAACUCUGCCAUGUUUUUGACCGGUAGAGAUCAAGGCGCAUCCCUUUCUGCUUCCGGUCUUGUGGGCAUACGGAGGGCAGUGCUCUCCGCCAGGGCACAUCGGCUGGGCACAUCGGCUCGGCC